AUGCGGGCUUCCCUGUCAUAUGCUGCUUUGUUGGCGACAUUUGCUGACGCACAGCAAUUGUACCUCACGACGGACGGCUAUACUGACCGUCCACAGUGUACCAAACCGGCUGCCGUUCCUCAGUACCAUUUCCGGUCCUUUUCUUAUACCCUAAACGAGACCGUUCGUUAUGCUAGUUCAGUACACGCACCAACCACAACCCGAACGUAUGCGCCACCUUACUCGGAAGCAGUCAAGCAUCUCACGGCAAGCCCGGUGACUACAACAUGGGGAAACUGGCUGCCUAGCCAGACAGUGAUUACGGCUACAGACACAGAUGAUCCUUAUGGACAAGCCGCAUGGUCCUCGCUUUGGGAGCAAGUCGAUCUAGAGAACUACACGACUACCGGGCUGUAUUCUACCACGGUCAAUCCUACGGCGAUUCCAAGCAGUGAGCUAAUCCUGCCACCGCGGGACUACUUUGGACCAACAGAUUGCUAUAACUUCCCGGAUGACUUUAUCUUUGGCGUUGCAGGAAGCGCAGCUCAAGUGGAGGGUGCCAUUGGUUUGGAAGGCCGUAGCCCCACCAUCCUGGAGACGUUGGUGAAUACCACUCAGCCAAAGAAUUAUGUGACAAACGAGAACUACUACCUCUACAAGCAAGACAUUCAACGAUUGGCUGCCAUGGGAGUGAAAUACUAUAGUUUCUCGAUCCCGUGGACGCGAAUCCUACCCUUCGUCUUGCCAGGGUCGCCCGUGAACGAACAGGGGAUCAGGCAUUACGACGACUUGAUCAACACCGUCCUUGAUGCCGGAAUGCAGCCUAUAGUUACCUUGCUUCAUUUUGAUAGCCCCUUGAUGUUCGUGGGCAGCGACAAUACGUCCGCUCAUCCAGAUAUCGGCUACAACAACGGCGGCUACCAGAACGAGACCUUCGUGGACGCCUUCGUCAACUAUGCGAAGAUUGUUCUUACUCACUACGCCGACCGCGUUCCGAUCUGGAUUACCUUCAACGAGCCGCUGCUCUAUUCAUUUAACUUCGCUGGUGCCAAUAACGUGGUGCACGCCCACGCCCAAGUGUACCAUUUCUACCAUGAGGAGCUUAAUGCCACCGGCAAGAUAGGUAUCAAAUUCAAUGACAAUUUCGGAGUUCCUCGAGAUCCAACCAACUCAAGUGAUAUCAUCGCCGCCAAUCGUUUCCAGGAGAUGCAGCUGGGACUUUAUGCCAACCCCAUCUUCCUCGGCCAGCAGUACCCGGACUCUGUCCUGACAACUCUACCGGGCGCUAAGCCGCUCAGUGACCAGGACCUCGCAUACAUAGGUAAUACCUCGGACUUCUUCGGCAUCGACCCAUACACCGCGACGGUAGUCUCCCAGCCUGUUGGAGGUAUCGAGAGCUGCGCCAAGAACCAAUCUACAGGAAACUCGUUAUUCCCUUACUGUGUCAUGCAAGAGACAAAGAACAUCUACGGCUGGAAUAUCGGGUACCGUUCACAAAGCUACGUGUACAUCACACCCACUUAUCUCAGGGAAUAUAUCAACUAUCUCUGGAAUACCUUCCGGAAGCCCGUGUUUGUGACCGAGUUCGGGUUCCCUGUAUCCCACGAGGCCGAUCUGGAGUUGUCGGACCAGCUGUUCGACACGCCACGCAGUAUCUACUAUCUAUCCUUCAUGUCGGAGAUUCUCAAGGCCAUCCACGAAGAUGGGGUGAAUGUUAUGGGUGCUUUGGCCUGGUCGUGGGCUGAUAACUGGGAGUUUGGUGAUUACAAGCAGCAAUUCGGGUUACAGGUGGUGAAUCGGACAACCCAACAGCGGUUCUUCAAGAAGAGCUUCUUUGAUUUGGUUGAUUUUGUGGGUGCGAGGCUACCACCUUCGUCAUGA